UCGUUCGAGAAAAUUGGAAGAAAAACUACAGAAUUUAACAGUUUCGUGUCCUUUGUUGGUGAAAAGAUAAUUUUAAAAGGGAAAACUAAAGACAAACAAUAAUACAAAAUGCAGAUCUUUGUGAAAACCUUGACUGGCAAAACCAUCACCUUGGAGGUUGAGCCAUCCGACACCAUUGAGAACGUGAAGGCCAAGAUCCAAGACAAGGAGGGAAUCCCCCCAGACCAGCAGCGUCUCAUCUUCGCCGGCAAGCAGCUGGAGGAUGGCCGUACUCUUUCUGACUACAACAUCCAGAAGGAGUCCACUCUCCAUUUGGUGCUGCGUCUCCGCGGUGGUAUGCAGAUCUUCGUAAAGACUCUGACCGGCAAAACCAUCACCCUGGAGGUUGAGCCAUCCGACACCAUUGAGAACGUGAAGGCCAAGAUCCAGGACAAGGAGGGAAUCCCCCCAGACCAGCAGCGUCUCAUCUUCGCCGGCAAGCAGCUGGAGGAUGGCCGUACUCUUUCUGACUACAACAUCCAGAAGGAGUCUACUCUCCAUUUGGUGCUGCGUCUCCGCGGUGGUAUGCAGAUCUUUGUAAAGACUCUGACCGGCAAAACCAUCACCCUGGAGGUUGAGCCAUCCGACACCAUUGAGAACGUGAAGGCCAAGAUCCAGGACAAGGAGGGAAUCCCCCCAGACCAGCAGCGUCUCAUCUUCGCCGGAAAGCAGCUGGAGGAUGGCCGUACUCUUUCUGACUACAACAUCCAGAAGGAGUCCACUCUCCAUUUGGUGCUGCGUCUCCGCGGUGGUAUGCAGAUCUUUGUAAAGACUCUGACCGGCAAAACCAUCACCCUGGAGGUUGAGCCAUCCGACACCAUUGAGAACGUGAAGGCCAAGAUCCAGGACAAGGAGGGAAUCCCCCCAGACCAGCAGCGUCUCAUCUUCGCCGGCAAGCAGCUGGAGGAUGGCCGUACUCUUUCUGACUACAACAUCCAGAAGGAGUCCACUCUCCAUUUGGUGCUGCGUCUCCGCGGUGGUAUGCAGAUCUUUGUGAAGACUCUGACCGGCAAAACCAUCACCCUGGAGGUCGAGCCAUCCGACACCAUUGAGAACGUGAAGGCCAAGAUCCAGGACAAGGAGGGAAUCCCCCCAGACCAGCAGCGUCUCAUCUUCGCCGGCAAGCAGCUGGAGGAUGGCCGUACUCUUUCUGACUACAACAUCCAGAAGGAGUCCACUCUCCAUUUGGUGCUGCGUCUCCGCGGUGGUAUGCAGAUCUUUGUGAAGACUCUGACCGGCAAAACCAUCACCCUGGAGGUCGAGCCAUCCGACACCAUUGAGAACGUGAAGGCCAAGAUCCAGGACAAGGAGGGAAUCCCCCCAGACCAGCAGCGUCUCAUCUUCGCCGGCAAGCAGCUGGAGGAUGGCCGCACUCUUUCUGACUACAACAUCCAGAAGGAGUCCACUCUCCAUUUGGUGCUGCGUCUCCGCGGUGGUAUGCAGAUUUUCGUCAAGACUCUGACCGGCAAAACCAUCACCCUGGAGGUUGAGCCAUCCGACACCAUUGAGAACGUGAAGGCCAAGAUCCAGGACAAGGAGGGAAUCCCCCCAGACCAGCAGCGUCUCAUCUUCGCCGGCAAGCAACUGGAGGAUGGCCGUACUCUUUCUGACUACAACAUCCAGAAGGAGUCCACUCUCCAUUUGGUGCUGCGUCUCCGCGGUGGUAUGCAGAUCUUUGUGAAGACUCUGACCGGCAAAACCAUCACCCUGGAGGUUGAGCCAUCCGACACCAUUGAGAACGUGAAGGCCAAGAUCCAGGACAAGGAGGGAAUCCCCCCAGACCAGCAGCGUCUCAUCUUCGCCGGCAAGCAGCUGGAGGAUGGCCGCACUCUUUCUGACUACAACAUCCAGAAGGAGUCCACUCUCCAUUUGGUGCUGCGUCUCCGCGGUGGUAUGCAGAUUUUCGUCAAGACUCUGACCGGCAAAACCAUCACCCUGGAGGUUGAGCCAUCCGACACCAUUGAGAACGUGAAGGCCAAGAUCCAGGACAAGGAGGGAAUCCCCCCAGACCAGCAGCGUCUCAUCUUCGCCGGCAAGCAGCUGGAGGAUGGCCGUACUCUUUCUGACUACAACAUCCAGAAGGAGUCCACUCUCCAUUUGGUGCUGCGUCUCCGCGGUGGUAUGCAGAUCUUUGUGAAGACUCUGACCGGCAAAACCAUCACCCUGGAGGUCGAGCCAUCCGACACCAUUGAGAACGUGAAGGCCAAGAUCCAGGACAAGGAGGGAAUCCCCCCAGACCAGCAGCGUCUCAUCUUCGCCGGCAAGCAGCUGGAGGAUGGCCGUACUCUUUCUGACUACAACAUCCAGAAGGAGUCCACUCUCCAUUUGGUGUUGCGUCUCCGCGGUGGUAUGCAGAUCUUUGUGAAGACUCUGACCGGCAAAACCAUCACCCUGGAGGUCGAGCCAUCCGACACCAUUGAGAACGUGAAGGCCAAGAUCCAGGACAAGGAGGGAAUCCCCCCAGACCAGCAGCGUCUCAUCUUCGCCGGCAAGCAGCUGGAGGAUGGCCGUACUCUUUCUGACUACAACAUCCAGAAGGAGUCUACUCUCCAUUUGGUGCUGCGUCUCCGCGGUGGAAUCAGCGCCUAAUCUUGCUACAUUUCCAAUUAAACACGCCCAUCUACACAGAACUAGUUAUUUCAAGGCUACAUUCAAGAUUUUUCUGCACCAAACGACUGUCAAUUUCAGUUUAAAUUCAGGACCUAGACCGAUAUCCUUUUUGUUGACAUCACUCUCUUAAAUUCUUAAUCUAAAUUAUCCAUUCAAAAUACACAGGUUAAUAAAAUUAAAUUGUUCAAUAAA